AUGGAGGGGGAGGGUGGGGGGGGCAGUACGGCCUCUCCUGGUCCACCGCCCGGAGCCACGGCCCACGUGACUCUGACGUUUCAGGCGAGUCCCACUAAAAAAGAAUUUGAGGGAAUGAGCUGCUCGCUCAUCAGGGAGAUCCGCGGUGGCUUCCUGACGUCCGCACCGAGGAACUUCCUCCAAGGUUUGGGCUCCCAGCCGGCCCUUGAGGAUAAGGCUAUGAACUUGUACACUGUUACCCUGAGCGGCCCCGCUCCAUGGGGCUUCAGGCUGCAGGGAGGCAAGGACUUCAACAUGCCUCUCGCUGUUUCAAGGCUUACACCGGGUGGAAAAGCAGCCCAGGCUGGCGUCGGGGUGGGAGACUGGGUGGUCUCCAUUUGCGACACCAAUGCUGAGGAUAUGACCCAUGUCGAGGCACAAAACAAGAUCAGAGGAGCCACAGACUCCCUCACCCUCACCCUCAGCAGAGCUUUCAAAGCCAGCCAAGAUCAUAAGAUGGAAAACCUUGACAAGGCUGAAGCUACUUAUUAUGACGAUAUCUACCAACAGUCCAAGCACGGCCUCAGGGUGGAGAAAGUGCCCUGUUUUAUCCCCAACGACCGCAGCAAGAAGAGGCUGAUCCAGGACACGGAGGACUGGCAGCCCCGCACCGGCACCACCCAGUCCCGCUCCUUCCGCAUCCUGGCCCAGCUCACAGGCACUGACUUCAUGCAGGACCCAGAUGAUGAAAUUAUGAAGAGGUCCAGGGAAAAGUUCCUCACUGAGAUUCAGAGUCCUCGCUACGCUCGUCUGAGGGACUGGCACCACGACAGGAGUGGAAACGAGACGGUAGAGCUGAAACCGAAAUCCCAGGUGCGAAUAGGAAGAGCCAAAGACUUAAAGAGGGGGAAUAAAAGCGCGAUGUGGGAAAUCGUGCACCUGCAUGGCAUCACGCUUCUUCUUGUUAAGAGGAGAGUAGUAAGCGGUGGAAAUGUCAAGGAAACACGAGCCGGGUCCCUCCAGGUGGGAGGAGGCCGCUGUGGAGGAUGUUCUUCAAUUUGCACCUGCAACCUUCACCCGAGCGAGGUGCAAUCUGAGAAACCUCUGGACGUUGUGCGAGCCCCCCCGGCCGCUGGCCUGCUGCCAGCGCAGGGCAGCUCUGCGGGGAGCCUUGAGCCAAACCCCUCUCCUGCCAAGGCCCAGACUGCAGAUAAACCAGAUGGCUCCAAGACUGCGGCCGCGGGGAGCUCCGGUCCGUCCUGCAGGCCGCCCUGGGUCACCGACCCCAACUUCGCCGACCGCUUCCGCCCGGACAAAACCAGCACCGUGGUGACCCAGCACCAGCAGCCCGUCCAGCCCACGCCCAUGCAGAGCCGCAGCUCCAUCCUGCAGGCGGCGCAGCAGGCGCCCGAGGACAGCGGGAGGACCCCGCUCUGCGGGGCCUGCAACAAGAUCAUCAGAGGCCGGUACCUGGUGGCGCUGGGGCGUUCGUGGCACCCCGAGGAGUUCACGUGCUCCCAGUGCAAGCUGGUGCUGGAGGAAGGGGGCUUCUUCGAGGAGAGGGGCUCCGUCUACUGUACCAAGUGCCACGACAACCGAUACGCACCUAACUGUGCCAAGUGCAAAAAGAAGAUCACAGGGGAAAUCAUGCAUGCCCUCAAGAUGACCUACCAUGUUCAGUGUUUCAAGUGCGCAGCCUGCAAGAAUCCCAUCAGGAACCAGGCCUUUUACAUGGAGGAGGGGGAGCCCUACUGUGAGAGAGACUACGAGAAGAUGUUUGGCACCAAAUGCCACGGCUGUGACUUUAAGAUCGACGCUGGCGACCGCUUCCUGGAGGCCCUGGGCUACAGCUGGCACGACACCUGCUUCGUCUGCGCCCUCUGCCAAAUCAACCUGGAGGGUAAGACGUUCUACUCCAAGAAGGAUAAGCCCCUGUGCAAAAGCCACGCAUUCGCUCCGGUGUGAGGGAGCCCUCCCCGUCUUCAGAGGAAGCAGCACUCCUCUCCUCCGCCUCCUCGUUACCCUCUUCCGCCCUCUGACACACUCUGCAUCCCCUCCUUGCCCACCACACACAGAGCCCCGCUCAGUCUUUUUUCUUUUUGCAGACUUUUCUAUGCUCACGGCCGCUGACCCACUGUGCCUUAUGGGUCACUUCUGAUGUCACUGGCUGCAAUACUAACAGAUGCGUUGCAACACUGGGAGCAAUCAAGGAAUUAUUUCCGAGCUCUCGCAACUUAUUGAUAUUCCCUUCGAGUUUCUACAUCCAGUCACCUUCAGCUCACCCAGAUUUAAUCGCCGUCGUAAAGAAGUCAUUCCUGUUCAGUCUACAGUGACAUCUUCCAAGUUCAAGGAGUCAGCGAGCUUCUAAUAAUUGCACAUAUUGCAGUAAUGAUCUGCUUCUUCUCCUGCAUUAAGCGUGGGGAGGUGGUGCCCCCGCGCUGGACCCCGACCCACACACUUGUUCUGUGUCCUUAAUGAAACGGCGGUCAGUCCAGCAGAGGGGGAGUGGCAGAUUUCUGCUUGAGUGAGCUCAUCCUCAAGACUUUGAAGUAGAGUACGUGUCACUGCCGCUUCAGUAAACCUGAAUCUCCCGUAUGCUUGUGUAGAAAUCCUAAAUUUGUCUAAUUUUUGAGUCACUGAAAUGAUUUAAGAAGAUGAUUCUGGGUUCGUUUCAGAUUUUUCACAUUCCGGUAGAGCAGACAUACAUUUUUAGAUUACUUUUUUUAAGUCUGCAAAAAUGAAUUGCAUCUUUUUUUCCUUUGUGUUGCAAUGAUGUUGUGAUCUUCCUUGGAGUGGAGUACUUUAAGCCAUUGUCGAUUAUGUAUUUAUAUUGCUUCAGAAAUGGCAUUUAAGUGUUUUAAUAGCUGCUAAAAGUUUCAAAUAAAACAGUUUAUUACCGCAACAGUGAUCUUUUACUUUUUUU